GGUUCGAUGAAUAGGUUAUUUGCCUGUAGUUUUGUAUCCAAAUAUCAUCCAAUUCUAAUAUGAUUUUUAUGUCUGUACUACUUACAUCUUGUGUUAAAUUACUGCUUGUGCCAUCUUACCAUUCAACCGAUUUUGAAGUACAUCGAAAUUGGUUAGCAAUAACUCACAAUUUGCCUACUAAAAGAUGGUAUUUUGAAGAUACUUCAGAAUGGACAUUGGAUUAUCCUCCAUUAUUUGCUUGGUUCGAAUGUUUUUUAUCGUAUGUAGCUAAAUUAUUUGAUCCCAACAUGUUGCAUUUAGAUAACCUAAAUUAUGCUUCUGAGGCUACUGUACUGUUUCAAAGAUUGUCUGUGAUAUUAACUGACUUGGUAUAUGCUUAUGGAACACAUCAGUGUAGCAUGUCCUUAAAAAGUGGCUGGAAAACUGAAGUUGUUUUAACAUUACUGUUAAUCUCCAAUGUAGGAUUGUUAAUGGUAGAUCACAUACAUUUUCAGUACAAUGGAUUUUUGUAUGGUAUUCUGUUACUGUCUGUUGCAAAUAUGAUUCAGGGAAAGUACUUAAAAGGUGCGUUUUGGUUUACAAUAUUAAUAAAUUUAAAACAUAUUUAUAUUUACAUGGGUCCCACAUAUUUUGUGUACCUUUUGCAUAAUUAUUGCUUUGAUAAAGUACACAAAAGUAGCAGUUUCAAAGACUUACUCAACUCUUUCUCUUUUAUAAACACUGCUAAAUUAGGAGCAGUUGUAAUUGGAGUCUUUUUAGUAACUUAUUUGCCGUUUAUUGAUCAAUUAGGACAAGUAUUAUCACGUUUGUUUCCAUUUAAAAGGGGCUUGUGCCAUGCAUACUGGGCCCCAAAUAUUUGGGCUGUUUACAACGUACUUGAUAAAGGUGCUUUUAUAUCAGCAAAACAAAUGGGAUUUAAUGUUACCUCAUCUCCUGCAGUGAUGACAGGUGGUCUGGUGCAGGAAUUUUCCCAUAGCAUACUACCAAAUAUCACACCAUUUGUUACAUUAAUCAUAACCGCCUUCUUCAUGCUGCCUGGGUGCAUUAAAUUAUGGUCGUAUGGUAAUUCCCGUGAUAAUUUUGUAAGAAGUUUAAUUUUGUGUUCAUUAACAUCUUUUCUGUUUGGUUGGCACGUUCAUGAGAAGGCCAUAUUGAUGACAAUAAUACCACUAAGCAUUUUGUCCAUCUUUGAUCGUGAAGAUGCAAAAAUAUUCCUGUUAUUGUCUGCUGUGGGACAUUACUCAUUAUUUCCACUUCUUUUUCCCCGAUCCUUGAUAGUUGUUAAAGUCCUCUUGUAUGUUGUAUACACUACUUAUGAGUUUUAUAGUUUAUCUUAUCUGUUCCCUUUACGCAAACGUCAGCACUACACACUGCCUUUGUUAAACUUUUACGAAAGUUUCUACUUGUUUUCCUUAGUACCUUUGUUUCUUUACGAAAAUUUUAUCCAUAGUUUUUUAGGAUUGUCGAAAACGCUUCCUUUUUUACCCCUGAUGACUACGUCAGUGUAUUGCUCCUUUGGAAUUAUUUAUUGUUGGGCAAAAUACUUUAAAUACUUUUUUGAAAAUGACAAAUCGAAAAUAAAGAAGUAACACUUU